GUUCCAGCAGUUGGUGUGGUCCGUGGCAGUAUGGCUGCUGCACUUCGGCCUUCCUGUGGAGUUCUCCUGCAGGCCCUGCAGAUUUCGGUGUAUCCCGGGGUGGGAGGCUCCGGCUCUGCGUGCUGCCGCUGCCCUUUCGGAGCUAAAAGAUACCUACUUACAGAUAACAUUGUGAAACUAAAAGAAUUUCAGCAUAAGAAAGUGGCUGUUGCAUGUAAUCUUCCUGGCACUAAAGAAAGCUAUUUUAGAAACUUGGAAGAGAAACUGACCCAGAACAGGCUCAUCUUGAAGGAGGAGUUGAUAACCUUACUUCAUUUGUGUGAGUCCCGGGACCAUGUGGAGCUGGCUAAAAAUGUCAUUUACAGGUACCAUGCAGAGAACAGAAAUAUCACUGUGGGGGAGUAUAAGUUCGGACCACUUUUCAUGAGGCUGUGUUACGAGUUGGAUCUUGAGGAAUCUGCAGUGGAGCUCAUGAAAGACCAGGUGCUUUGGAAGUAUUGAUGGAGAUGAAAAACCAAGAUGUGAGGUUCACCACAGAUACCUAUAUUCUUGCUUUUGCAAUUUGCUACAAACUGAAUAGCCGUGAGUCUUUUAAAAUCUGUACUACGUUAAGAGAAGAAGCCCUACUCAAAGGAGAAAUUCUCUCCAGGAGAGCAUCCUGUUUUGCUGUGGCAUUAGCUCUGAAUCAGAAUGAGGUGGCAAAAGCGAUGUCCAUUUUUUCUCAAAUCAUGAAUCCAGAAAGCGUAGCCUGCACUAAUUUAAAUAUUAUACUCCAUAUCCAGUUAAAUAUGUUGGAAAACGUGAUAGAGACACUAAAAAAUGCUACAGAAGGAAAUUUAUCAAAAUAUGUGAAGAGACAGAUGUUCUCAGACGAAGUGCUGGCCAAAGUGAGGGAAAAAGUGAAGGAUGUGCCUGCCCUUGUGGACAAAUUUGAUGAGCUCUAUGGGAAGCUGCACUUCAGUGGCCAAGUCACCACUUAUUCUUUGGAUGCUGUGCUCUGCCACGUCCCAGCAGGCAGGAAGUCCCACAUGUUUCUAUUAAACAAGAGGACGGUCAGCCAUCGCACCCUCCAGCCACUUAGCCAGUCCCUGUUGGCUGAGUAACCCUGGUUUCAGUUCAUCUGUGGAUCUGAAGGGCCUGCUUCUAGUGAGUUAUCGCCUUUCCUAAGAAGCCAGGCAUUGCACUUCAGCAGACACUGUGCUGACACUUGGUCUCCUCCUGAAAUUCCCAAGUUCACUGAAUGGUGGCAUGCCAAUCUCUGAGAAGUUAUAUUGCACCGCUGUGAAGGUCUAGAUGCAAGCGUGGCUCCCUCAGAAAGGCGCUUCCCUUGUGCACUGCUGAGAAUUCUUGAAGGAACAUGGUCAGUCUCUAGUCCAGCUUCCGGCACCAGAGUGUAACCCAGUAAGCACCAUUAGGAAUUAAUUUCACGACAAGUGUGGUCAACUCUGAUUUUCAAGGGAGUAGUUACUUGCAGAUUACAUCCUUGCUGAAUUCAGGAGGUCUGAAACCCUAUUCUACCAUGUUAGAAAACAGCCCAGGAUUUUCUCAUUGCUCUGCCAUCAUAUAUGUCUAUGACUUGAGCCCUCAUUUUUUCAUCUGCAAAACAAUAAUGCCUAUGUGUAUUUGCAUACAGAUUUGAAAUCUACAUUCAAGUUUCAGUAGGAUCAGAUUUUUUCAAAAAUAAAUAAGGUUCAUAAGCAAACUUGAUGGGAUUGUGGUGGGUCUGUCUUUUCAGCAGCACAAGCAAAACCAGAAUUUAGCCUUUAGAACUGCUAAGCUAAAUAUAAAUGAUUACUGUUUUGAUCAUGGGCAAGCCAUGUGCUUUUCAAAAUAAGUGCCACUAAAAGCCACAUAAUGCUUAGGUUACUAUGUGGAUAAUAAAUAGUCCUACAGUUUAUCUUA